AAUCAAUUUCCAUCUCCCGUGUUCAUUUCCUUUCUUGAAUCUUUCUCUCUCUCUCUCUCUCUCUCUCUCUCUCUCUCUCUUCUCAGUAAAUCUUGAAUCCCUCUCUCCGUUCAAGAAUUUCUGAACCCAGAAGAAAAAAAUUCAAAGAAUUCUCUGUUGUAUAGUUCUGGUUGGGUUUGUAGAUUAUCUCGUCUCCCUAGGAAAAUGGCUCCCACACCUUCAUCAAAAUCAAAUCUUUCGACACCAUCAACGAAAGCAAAUGCAGCUCACCACCACUCCAAAACUCCUCAAUCAAAGCAGCGCCUAAAUUUCACAAAGGAAGCGGCGGCGAACGCGUCGGAGCACCCAGUGGAGGUCAUAGGUCGAAUCCGCGACCACCCAGAACUCAAGAGCAAGCUCAACGCGAACCCUUCAGCCCUACAAAUCACCGGAGAUGGCAAAUCCGUGAGAGUGAAGACUGAAAUCGGGUACCGGGACUUCACUCUCGACGGCGUCUCGAUGUCGGAGGAGGACGAUCUCGAGGGCUUCUACAAGAAGUUCGUGGAGUCGAGGAUCAACGGCGUGAAGAUGGGCCAGAAAUGUACGAUCAUGAUGUACGGCCCGACCGGGUCGGGCAAGAGCCACACCAUGUUCGGGUGCUUGAAGCAGCCCGGGAUAGUGUACAAUUCCUUGAAGGGUAUUUUGGGUGAGGAAGAUGAGGAGUUAGGGCUGGGGAAUUUUGUGCAGGUGACUGUCUUAGAGAUUUAUAAUGAGGAAAUUUAUGACCUUUUGUCUUCAACCAGUAACGGUGGAGGGUUUAAUUUUGGAUGGUCAAAGGGUGGUUCUGCUUCUAAGGUGAAGCUGGAGGUGAUGGGGAAGAAGGCAAAGAACGCAACUUUUAUAUCAGGAAACGAGGCUGGGAAGAUACUGAAAGAGAUUCAGAAAGUGGAGAAGAGAAGAAUAGUGAAGAGCACUCUUUGCAACGAGAGAAGCUCUAGAAGCCAUUGCAUGAUAAUUGUUGAUGUUCCGACUGUUGGAGGACGCCUCAUGCUUGUGGAUAUGGCUGGCUCCGAGAAUAUAGAACAAGCUGGUCAAACUGGAUUGGAAGCAAAGAUGCAGACGGCAAAGAUCAACCAAGGCAACAUAGCACUGAAGAGAGUGGUCGAAUCGAUUGCAAAUGCUGACUCUCAUGUUCCGUUUCGUGAUAGCAAGUUAACCAUGCUUCUUCAGGAUUCCUUUGAGGAUGACAAGUCCAAGAUUUUGAUGAUACUAUGUGCCAGCCCUGAACCAAGGGAGUUGCAUAAAACUAUUGCCACAUUAGAAUAUGGGGCGAAGGCAAAGUGCAUAGUUCGAGGCCCUCAUACACCGGUUAAAGGCGCUGAAGAUUCUUCGUCUGCUAUUAUAAUGGGGUCGAGGCUAGCAGCUCUGGACCAGUUCAUCUGCAAGCUACAGAUUGAGAACAAAACUCGGGAAAAAGAGCGAAACCAGGCCCAAAAGGAGCUAACCAGGAAAGAAGAAGAAGUGUCUUUGCUAAAGGCAAAGCUUGCUCUAGCAGAACAAAGAGGAGUUGAAGCAAGUGAAGAGGAGAUCAAUUCGAAAGUCAAUGAACGCACACAGAGGCUGAAGAGCGAGUUGGAGAGGAAGAUACAAGAAUGUGAGAACAUGGCCAAUGAACUCGUUGAAAUGGAGAGGCGAAAGAUGGAAGAAAAGAUUCUCCAACAGCAGCAGGAAGUUGAGAUGCUGCGCCAGCGCUUGGAGGAGAUUGAAUAUGAACUUCGUCUCUCAAGGGGUGGGAGCUCUUCCGUGGAUGUGGUGGAAGGGGGGGGAAGCUUCAUGAAGAAACUGUUGCAAGCGUGCAAUGAAGAUUCGGACAUGGUUAAGUCCAUGGAUUUGGACAAAUCAUUGGACUUGGAAACGAAGGUGAUUUACAACGGAGAUGUAAAUGGCGGUGCUAGUGUUGUUUCGGGCUAUUCCUACCUCAACGAAGGCAUGUACAGUUUCUCAAACAAAAGAUGCUUGACUACUGUGUAUGAGGAAGAAGAAUGUGAGAAUGAGGAUGAAGACAAGAACAGUCACAUUGAUGACGAAGUGCAGAAGGAGGUGAUCGAGGAGAAACAGAUGAUAGUGACACCGCGGGAUCAGGGGAAGUCUCGUUUUGGUGAUGCAUCAGAGCACGAACGGCUUGGAUUGCAUGAUGAUGCUGAAAACUCUGAGGAAACGGCUGCCUCUCGCCAAUUGAGGAUACACAAUAUUUUCACCCUGUGUGGAAAUUAUAGAGAACUUUCGCAGCACUGUAACACUCCUACGCCUGCUAUGAUGACAUCAGACAAUACUACUGAUUUGUCUGAUCAAUCGAAGAGCAUCUCGAAAUUAAGGGUUUCUGGUGAGGUAGCUGCAGAGAAAUUGGAGGAGGAUCACGUUGAAGUAUACGUGAAGUGGGAGGCCUCAAAGGAGAAUCCAGGGAAGUUCAUUACGACUAUGAAGGUUUUGAAAGACUCUACUCUUGCGGACUUGAGGAAGUUGAUAGAAAAGCAUCUUGGUGAUCAACAACAGUCUUUCACAUUUCUGGCUCUUGGGGAUCCUUCUGGUGCUCCUGUGGCUAAGGAGAAGGAAGCGAGUAUGCAGACGAGCAAACUCCCUCUUUGCAAGAACCAGCUACGCGGUCAUCUGGCCUGUUUACGUCCAGUGAAGGCAGUUCAGUGGGCAACACGUCAGCCCUUCAGUCCGAUCGAAAACAAGGUGGCCACGACUCCCAUGGCACAUCUGACAAAGAAGGCGGAUGAGUGCCUGUCACUUGAUGUACCACAUUUGAACUCCACGCCAUUUAUUACUGUAAGAAGGCACUAGGUUCUACGAGUAUAUGCUGUGUGUAUUAUGUACUCCUGGUGCAUCAACCAGUUGCAAAAACAUGUUUUCUUCUGCAAAUAUUUGCAUUCUUUUGCCA